CGACAUGAAGCGCAAAAUUUCAAAACGGUUUGAAACUAGAUUACAAAAAAACUCAUAAUGGCCGGAUUGGUGCGGCAACCUCAACGCUUUACACAUGAAGAAUGGACGUAUAGCAACAAUUUGAAGUACCGCAGUGCAGAGAAGGAACGUGAAAUAUCACAAGGACUACAAAAUGAGUGUGAUAGACUCAUUGAGGAGACAGCUAAACGCACUGAAAAAACCCUGAAAGAUGUGGAGAAAAAGUUUGAUCAAAGAAUUGCUAACGUUAAAUACUGGAAAUCAGAAGUCAACAAAAAACUGCAGGAUACUACAGAGGAAACUGAAAUAUUGGAUGAGUACUUUAUCCGAUUAAGGAAAACUCUCGAAGCAACCGAAGAACCUCUUCACUUCGCUCAGCAGUGUUUGCUCAGUCGUGAGGGAAGAACAGGUAUUGAUCUCGUCCACGACGAUGCACAAAUGGAGCUCACAAAAGAGAUAGAAGUAAUUAAAGGAGCUCAAGCAAUCCUACAGAGAACUGUUGAGCAAACUAAAGAACAACUGAGAUUAAAUCGUAAGGCUAUUUACAAUAUGAAAAAGGACUCUUCUGAUAAACUGAAAGCACAACAUCUUGAUGAAUAUGCUCUUAGUUUAAAGCCAACUGAUGAACUACUAUCUGGAUUUACUAAUGUUCCAAAAAUUGAGCCAAAUUCCUUUACUCCAGAAGAAUGGCAAACAUUUUCAACUGCCUCAGUAGAAAAUGGUGAUAGACAAUUGCAAAAUUCACAUGAAUUAAGAAGUAUUAUUGAUGGAAUCAUACAACAAAUUGCAUCUGACAUAAAACGUCAAAUUGAAGCAACUAAUCGUGCUUUAAACAAAAGAAUUUCAGAAACCCGAGGCUCUAAAGCAAAAUUAGAAGAGCAUUUGAGUGCAAUUAUCAAAGAAAUUUCAAAUAUAGAAGAUACGCUUCAAGAAUUAGAAAAGGCUAUCAAAGAUAAAGAUGUUGCUCUACGUCUAGCUGAAACUCGUUUAGGUAUACGUAAAGAAAGACCAAAUGUUGAAUUAUGUCGAGAUCCAGCAAAUUAUCGAUUAAUUCAAGAAGUAGAAGAAAUUAAACGUGAUAUUGAACAACUUAGACAAAGGUUACAUGCAGCACACGCCUCCUUAAAAGCUCUAUGUCGUCGUCAGUUGGAUUUGGAGGAAGAAAUUCAAAUUAAAGCUGCAACUUUGUUUAUUGAUGAAGUACAAUGUAUGGGUAUACGAGGAAGUAUAAAAUUUAGUUCAUUUUAAUUUAUAAACAUAAACAAAUAUGUACAAUAUAACUAGUAAGCUUUUAUUCGACAAAACUGAGAAUAAACACUACUUAGACAUACUGCCAAUAAUUAAAUAGAUAGAUAUAUAUCAUUAGUUAUUUAUAUCUCAGUGAACGAAACUCCUUGUGAUAAACAUAUCCUUUUUUAUUGGCUUUAACAAUGGGGCUUUCAUAAUAUUCUUCUUAUAUCCAUUAAUCAGUUAUGAAAGGAUAACUGUGUUCUUUUAAGAUAAACAUAAAUACUUCUACUUUUAAAAGUUUCUUCUAUUUAUACAGAUAAUAAUAUGACGCUAAACAUCUCAGUUAAGAGUAGCCUCCAGUCCUAUGACUAUUAACAGCAUGAUUGCUUAGCCUUAUUCCAAUAUAACUUGUACUUUUAAUAUGUUGUAAACUCCCUAAUUAUUAAAAUAAACUUUUUUCUAGUAUUCA